AUGGGUGAUACCUAUAAUUCUUAUGAAUCUGUUGAGGAAUAUCUAGCUAGCGUUAAAUUGGAGGCUAAUUCUCUCCCUAACAUAGGAAUAUCAUCUGAGAGGCAUACUGAAUCUAAAAAAUUAGAUCAUCCGGAAUAUACCAUUAUGCUUGAAUUAAAUAAAUCGUAUGAUAUAACAUUAGAAUCCGGGAAAUGGGAAGAAUAUUUUUCACUACUCCGAAAACUAGUUAGAUCUAAAUAUUCUCGUCAAUACAUUUCAGUCCCAUCAUCGCUUGUAAAGUAUAUCAAAGAAAAUCAUCAUGAUUGGAAAGGGUCUGUAAUAAAUCCUCCACCGCCUCUUGAAACUAUUUGUGCUGGUGGUAUUCAUUUUGAUGCUGUUCAAGAAGGCGUGGAAGUUAUUAAGUCAGAAUUGGAGAAAGGGACAUAUUCUAUACAUAUAUUUGAAUGGGCAUUUUAUCUUCUAACAAUUAUUGAUGAUCUUCACGCUUUAUCGGAAGACGUGGCAUCUAAUUUACAAAAAAUUAAGAGGUAUUGUUUAAAAGGUGAUAUUACUCCCCAAAAAAUUUUAAUAGCAUCUAUAAUUUCAAAAUAUUUUCAUCAAAAAUAA